CCGGGGCCAAAGGUCGCCACUGCCAGGGCCUGUCAGGCUGAGCAGGGGGCAGCCAUGGCGGAGGCCCCGCGGUGCCGCCGCGUCGGGAUCCUGGGCUACGGGCAGCUGGGGCAGUUCCUGGCGGGGCAGUUGCUGGCCGAGGGUCCCCGCGUGGGGCUGGCGCUGGCCUUCGUGUGGGCCCGCGACAGCGCCUGCCUGGGGGCCCUGCCGCCCCCCCUGCGCCUGCCCCACCUCCGCCUCCUGCCCCACACGGCCGUGGACCUGGUGGUGGAGGUGGCCCACCCCUGCGUGGCCCAGCAGCACGGCAAGGAGAUCCUGGCCCACGCUGACUUCAUGCUGGGGUCCCCGACGGCGCUGGCAGACCCGGACACGGAGAGGCGGCUGCGGGCGGCGGCGGAGCGCGGGGGCCACACGCUCUACGUGCCCCGCGGCGCCCUGUGGGGCUGCGAGGACAUCCAGCGCAUGGACGUCGCCGGGACGCUGGCCGCGCUGAAGGUGACGAUGACGAAGGCGCCGCAGAGCUUCCGGCUGGAGGGGGCGUUGCGGGAGCGGCUGGCGGCGGUGGCCGCGGGUGCCGCCCCGGCGGUGCUCUACGAGGGGCCCGUGCGGCCCCUCUGCGCCCUGGCCCCCAACAAUGUCAACACCAUGGCGGCCGCCUGCGUGGCCGCCCCCCGCCUCGGCUUCGACGGCGUCCACGCCCGCCUGGUGGCCGACCCCAGUGUCCCCGGCUGGCAUGUGGUGGAGGUGGAGGUGACGGGUGUUGGGGAGCAGGGACGGGCUCUGCGUGUCACCAGCACCCGCCGCAACCCCGCGACGCCCGGGGCCGUCACCGGCAUGGCCACCCGCGACGCCUUCUGGAGCAGCCUCCUGGCCUGCCGCGGACACGGCGGAUGCGUCCAGCUCUGCUGAGGCCGCCGGGACGGGGACGGGGACAAGGACGGGGACACGGGCAGGGCCGGGCCCGGGGGCGCCGCGGGUGUCACGGGAGGGGCGCGACAUUAAAGCUGGCGGUGACACCGCGGCGACUCGCGUCAUCAUGGCGACGCCGCGGGGCACACCGGGAGCGGCCUCCUCCUCUCCCCCCCCCCCCACCCCGGGGCACG